GACAGAGACUCCGCACAGAAGCCGACAGAGGUUAAACUUCCUGUGGAAGGUAAUAAUUUUGCAACCCUCCCUCCAAAGUCUCCUUCUCAUGGUGGCACAGGCGACGAGGAUAGUUUUGGUACUCGUAAAGCCAGAUCUUCGUUUGGACGAGGCUUUUUCAAGAUCAAAAAUAACAAGAGGACCGCAAGUGCCCCCAACCUGGCUGAAACGGAGAAGGGAUCUGCAGAUCAUUUGGAUCUGGCUGGCUUGCCCCCUCGCCCAAAAGAAACAGACAGUCUACAGAUGACACCUCCUUCUCCAGAUUCCAAGAAAAAGGCCAGGGGGAUCAAGAAGUUAUUUGGAAGACUUAAAAGAAGUCAGUCUACCACCUUCAACCCAGAUGACAUGUCCGAGACGGAGUUCAAAAGAGGAGGAACAAGAGCAACUGCGGGGCCACGACUGGGCUGGUCUCGAGACCUGGGACAGUCUCACAAUGAGCUGGACAUGCCGUUCGCAAAAUGGACAAAGGAGCAGGUUUGCAACUGGCUCCAGGACCAAGGGCUAGGCUCUUACAUUAGUAAUGGCAAACACUGGAUACUGUCUGGGCAAACACUUCUGCAGGCUUCUCAGCCGGAUCUGGAAAAGGAGCUUGGGAUAAAGCACCCAUUGCAUCGGAAGAAGCUUCAGCUUGCUCUGCAGGCACUUGGGUCUGAAGAGGAAAACAAUCAUGGAAAAUUGGAUUACCACUGGGUUACCAGGUGGCUGGAUGACAUUGGCCUCCCCCAGUAUAAGACCCAGUUUGAUGAAGGAAAGGUGGACGGCCGAAUGCUCCAUUACAUGAGCGUGGAUGACUUGCUGUCCUUGAAAGUUGUCAGUGUCCUCCACCACCUCAGCAUCAAAAGAGCCAUUCAAGUUUUGAGAAUAAAUAACUUCGAGCCCAACUGCCUGCGCAGGAGGCCGUCUGAUGAGAACAAUGUCACACCUUCUGAGGUCACCCAGUGGACCAACCAUCGCGUGAUGGAGUGGUUGCGCUCCGUUGACCUGGCGGAGUAUGCUCCUAAUCUGCGGGGGAGCGGCGUGCAUGGGGGACUCAUGGUUUUGGAACCUCGUUUCAAUGUAGAAACCAUGGCACAGUUGCUGAACAUCCCACCAAACAAGACGCUACUGAGACGGCACUUGGCAACUCAUUUCAACCUCCUCAUUGGGCAGGAGGCCCAGCAGCAGAAACGCAAAGCCAUGGAGUCCCCAGACUACGUCCUCUUAACAGCAACUGCCAAAGUAAAGCCAAAGAAACUUGCCUUCAGCAAUUUUGGGAGCCUGAGGAAGAAGAAGCAAGAUGAUGUGGAAGAGUAUGUGUGUCCUAUGGAGCUGGGGCGGGCAUGUGGAAGUGGGUCGAAGAAGGGUUUUAAGCCCGGCCUGGAUAUCCGAGUGUAUGACGAUGACGAUUUGGACAGGCUGGAGCAGAUGGAAGAUUCAGAAGGGACAGUGAGGCAAAUAGGAGCAUUUUCUGAAGGCAUCAACAACUUGACACACAUGUUGAAAGAAGAUGAAAUGUUUAAAGACUUUGCAACUCGCUCUCCUAGCACCAGUAUAACAGAUGAGGACUCCAACGUGUGACAGUAACCACCAGGCACUGACAAAGGCUCACUUUCCUAUGUGCAAGAAACGUCGUCAUUACACGUGACGGGCAGCAGAUCAUGUACAUUACAUUGCUCUUGCUUCUGUUUGUUAGAAGUGAUAUUGGGGGGUGGAAAAUUUUAAAAAAGGACAAAAAAAAAAACGGUGCCUACUCUAAAGUUGCCAUAAGAAACACCCAGACACUGGUGAAUGGUAAUUGUUUUUACUAUAUUUAAUGUACAAACUGGUGGUAUGUUUCAGAGUGUUGCAUUUAAAUUUACGUGGUAUCGUAGUGCUCCUUUUGCUUGUUCACAGCCUCGGAUAAUCCUUUAUACUGUUUCAAAAUAACAGAAGAUGUUAGGUAGAAGUAUUGCAUCUGUAGAUACAGUGCAUCAGCUUUCUCUAGGCUCUCAGCUGAAAAAAGAUGUUGCUGCUCUUUUUCAAGUGCAUUUGUUCAGCACAAAUACCAGUUCUGCCCUUCCCACGGUAUCCAAUGUAGGAUUUUAGUCAUCCAUGCCUCGCGUAAACUCCCCGGUAGCUCUUGACUGUUGCUCUUAUUUUUAUACUGUUUUAUAAAAAAAAAAAAAAAGAAAGAAAAAGAAAAAAUAAGUAUAUGAAGUACAUAUAAAAGCAAAAAUUUAAGUUUUGUGAGAUAGAGUGAUGGAAAGUUCGAGGUGUGGGGGAAGGGGAGAGAGUUGUAAAAGAUUAUGCCAGUUUGCAUACCAGCUGGUUACUGGAAAAGGCAGGCUGACCUUUGGAACUGUUUGCUUUCGUUGCUUUUUACUAAGUGCACAGUUUAAUGAUCUUCCAUUUGGGGUGAAACAAGUACAAAGCAUGUUUCUUCUAGCAGUGACUCUUAUGGAAACUGCACAUUUCAAAAUGUCAUCUUUCUUGUUCCCAGCAGCAGUAGUUAUAGUGUUCAGACAAGGUUAUUAACACUUCUGUGACGUAAAAUUUUUCCUUAAAGUUGAGAGUACUCCCUGCGUAUGGAAGGGAUGUUUCUGUGCUGUGACUAACGUAAAGAUGGUGUAGCUGAAAAAAAAAAAAAAGUUAUAUAGAGAUAUGUAUAGGAAAUAUAUUAUUUCAUAAUAUUAAACUGAAGGUGGGACUUUUCCUCCAAAAUUCAAAUAUCGAACAUGUUGCUCAUCAUUUUAUCUUCAUAAAGCACAGCUCUUCUGCUUUUGAAGGUAAUCAGAUUUUUAAAAUCCUAACUAGCCAGUGGAAACCUUUUGUCAAGACUUUGGUAUUGCGAGGUGUCCUAGCCAAAAGCCAUCAAAAAAAAAGUAA